AUGGUAAAGGAAUACUUUUCGAUGGACAGUCUAGGCAUCAUGAAAACGAGCAAAGAUCUGCUGUCAACAGACGAUCAACGAGCCGUCUCACUUCUCCGAUCUCUAACCAAGUUCAAAGGUAACCGGUAUGAGACAGGACUACUAUGGCGCUAUGAUGGUGUUCGUCUGCCAGAUAGUAAAGAAAUGGCAUUACGUCGACACUACGGCCUCGAGAAGCGAAUGCAGAAGGAUCCGGAGCUAGCCAGUGCUCUGAAUGAGAAAAUGUCUGAUUAUCUGGCUAAGGGAUAUGUUCGCCAACUGUCAGAUGAAGAGUUAAACAAACACUACCCAAAAGUAUGGUAUUUGCCAAUCUUCCCAGUUUUCAACCCCAAUAAACCCGGCAAAAUAAGGAUUGUUUGGGACGGAGCUGCGAAAGUAUUUGGCGUUUCCCUGAACUCUGCGCUGCUAACAGGUCCCGAUCAGCUGUGUUCACUCUUUGCAAUAUUGGUGCAAUUCCGUGAAUACCGGGUCGGCGUCACUGGGGACAUACGGGAAAUGUUUCACCAGAUCCUUAUGCGAUUGGAAGAUCAACAGUGUCUGCGGUUCUUCUGGACGGACAAGACUGGCGAGAACCAGGUCUACGUAAUGAAUGUAAUGUCAUUCGGCGCCAGCUGCUCCCCAGCUAGUGCCCAGUAUGUAAAAAAUGUUAACGCGGACCGGUUUGCUGGAGAGUUUCCUGAGGCAGCUGAUGUCAUAAAGAAGCGGCAUUACGUGGACGAUGCGAUGUUUAGCACCGAGACGCCUGAGCAUGCCAUUCGCCUUGCGCAAGAGGUUCGGCAAGUACAUUCUGCAGGUGGCUUCGAAAUACGCAACUGGGUGAGCAACUCACGCCAGGUGUUAAACGCGCUGAGCGAAAGCAGUACUACGGAGAAGAACAUGAAUAUGUCGAUGGGACCGAUGGCUACCGAGAAAGUGCUAGGGAUGUGGUGGUGCACAACAGCCGACGAAUUCGUAUACAAAAUCGGAUGGAAUCGCUACAAUCCCGAUCUGCUCACCGGUCGUUGUCGACCCACAAAACGUCAGAUGUUCCAAGUCCUCAUGACUAUCUUCGACCCCCUUGGACUGAUUUCUCACUUCCUGAUGUUCUUGAAAAUUCUUCUUCAAGAAGUGUGGCGUGCCGGAGUUCAAUGGGACGAAGAAAUCGGCGAUUCCUUGUACGAGAAGUGGGCCAGAUGGUUGAAAGUGUUGCCGCAGGUGGAAAGCGUCAGAAUACCACGGUGUCUUCGAUCUUCGAUGAUCCCCAGUGACUGUAAAGUACAGCUACAUAUGUUCGUAGACGCCAGCGAAAACGGUAUAGCCACCGCCAUGUUCCUCCGUUUCGAACACAAUGGCGUCGUAUGCUGCUCUUUAGUUGCAGCCAAGACAAGGGUGGCCCCCCUGAAGUUCCACUCCAUCCCACGACUGGAACUGCAAGCAGCUCUCAUAGGAGCUAGAUUAGCAAGGUCGGUUACGCAAACCCUUCAGACUACGAUACAUCAUGAAUUCUUCUGGACCGACUCUCGUGACGUGCUCAGCUGGAUCAAUUCGGAUCAUCGACGAUACAGCACGUACGUGGCACAUCGUGUAAGUGAAAUACUCGACGUUACAGAAGCGGAAGAUUGGUUUUGGGUACCGACAAAACUAAACGUUGCAGAUGAUGGUACCAAGUGGGAUACACAACCUGAUCUUACUCCCGAAUCCAGGUGGUUCAGAGGUCCCGAUUUUCUCUACCGUAGCGAAUCGGAUUGGCCGAAAGUCUCGUCGAAGUCAGAUCCUACAGACAACGAGUUACGACCCUCCUUCGUGGCACAUCUCUCCUUGUCCGAUCCUAUGAUUAUCGUCUCGAAGUUCUCUAGCUGGAAGAAGCUCAUCAAUGGGGUUGCUUACGUUCACCGUUUUGUCGGAAACUGCCGUCGAAGGAGUACAAACAAGCCAGCUGAAAAUGGACCGCUAUCUAGAGACGAACUGUAUGCUGCUGAAGGUUUUCUGUUUCGCCUAGCUCAACUAGAAGGUUAUGCCGAUGAAGUAGCCUUCUUCUUGAACAACCGCAGUGAUACACCAGAUAGAACCCUUCCUAAAAGCAGCCGUUUAUACAAGCUGACACCCUGGUUAGACGAUCGCAGGGUAAUACGAAUGCGGAGUAGAACAGCCGCCUGCCAGUACGCCACCGAAGAAACGAAGAACCCAGUGAUCCUUCCUAACGACCACCCUGUUACCUCCCUGUUAAUCGCCCACUACCACGAAAAAUUCCACCAUCAAAACCACGAAGCCAUAGUGAACAAACUUCGUCAAAAGUACGUCAUUCCUCGCAUUCGCGUUCAGUAUGCGGCGACAAGGAAGGGCUGCCAGCGAUGCAAAAACGAGUCCUCGAUUCCACAACCUCCAAUCAUGGCGGACCUCCCAGCGGAACGGCUAGCUGCUUUCACACGCCCUUUCACUCAUGUCGGCGUUGACUACUUCGGUCCCAUGGAAGUUGUUAUCGGAAGAAGAACGGAGAUAAGAUGGGGAAUGAUCGUCACCUGUCUUAGGACACGGGCGAUCCAUAUAGAGUUGGCCAACUCGCUAAGCACCAGCUCAUGUAUAAUUGCUCUUAGAAGUUUCAUGGGCCGACGCGGAACUCCAAGGACUAUUCGGAGCGACCGGGGUACCAAUUUCAUUGGCGCCAGCCGUGAACUCAAGAACCUGCAAGAAGCAGUCGACUACGAACAGGUUAUGAAGGAAUUCGUAACCACGGAGACGAGCUGGACCUUCAACCCACCUCUGGCUCCCCAUAUGGGUGGCAGUUGGGAGCGGCUAAUCCGGAGCCUGAAGAAAAAUCUGAUGGCCAUCUGCCCUUCAAGGAAGCCAUCCGAAGAAGUGCUGAGGAGCCUACUCACGGAAGUUGAAAGCACGCUGAACUCCCGACCACUCACUCACGUGCCUAUCGAUAACGAGUCGUCACCUGCACUCACACCGAACCACUUUCUUCUGGGGUCGUCGGAUGGCUCGAAACCGUUUACCUCGCUGGAUGACAGUGGCGCCCUUCUCAAACAAAACUGGCGUACAUCACAAGCGCUGGCCAAUCAGUUUUGGAAGCGCUGGCUAUCGGACUCCAACCUACCCCGGAAUUCUUGGCCGAAAGGUAGAGUCAUCGCAACGCAACCAGGCAAAGAUGGUCGAAUCAGGUCAGCUACAGUAAGGACAUCGACUGGCAUAUUCGAUCGCCCUGUGGCCAAACUGGCGGUCCUGGAUGUUCGACGCGGAGGGGAACAAGCCGACCAGACGUCCGGCUUACCUGGGGGGAGUGUUGGCCAUCCCUAG